AUGAAUUCUCCUUGUCUGCAGUCGGAUGAGUACGAGCUGUCGAGGACGAGUACACACACAUCAGACGAAGCAGACGACCCUUUACUUUAUUUCGAGCACGAUUCAGACCACGAUGGUUUCCAAUCCCAUUUGCUUACGGGCCAGACGGUGUCCGGCGUGGUCAAACCAGGAGUUUCCUCCCAGUUCAUCUCCCUAGCCCCUGCGUGGCUGCGCAGGCAGUAUCUGCCACGCCGUCCCCGAACGAGAUCAAAACGACUCCCUCGCCGAUACGUCUGCACGCCCAGAUCACUCCUUCGAAAAUUCGCUUUAUUUUGUUACAUAUUCUUCACCACCAUCGCCGCCAUCGUUAUCGUGGGAGGCGUCUUUUUCCCCGGCUACACUCACCUUCCCCCUCAUUAUAGAGCAUUAAGACAAAGGGCGUUGGCUUCCGAGACUCCAGGGCGUGUGAACCAGCAAAGUCAAAAAGUCUUUCUCGUAGCGAGCAUCUACGACAAGGGCGGGAAACUGCUCGGCGGAGAUUGGGCAGAAAAUGUACUAGAGCUGAUACAGUUGCUGGGACCACAGAACGCAUUUCUCUCGAUAUAUGUCAACGAUUCCGGACCGGAGGCGAAAAAGGCGUUGGAGGAACUCGAGAAACGGGUUCCAUGUGAUCAUGCGUUGGUGUUUGAGGACCACUUGAGCAUCGACAAUCUGCCCCACAUCCAGAUUCAUGGACAAGAACGCGUGAAGCGUAUCGAGUAUCUGGCUGAGGUACGGAACCGAGCGUUGAGGCCGCUGGAAGGUUCACGCACCACGUUCGACAAACUCCUCUACCUAAACGACGUCGUUUUCCAUCCGAUCGACGCUGCCCAAUUACUUUUCUCAACACACACCGUGGCCGACGGCGUCACGGACUACAGAGCUGCCUGCGCGGUGGAUUUUAUCAAUCCUUUCAAAUUCUACGAUACUUUUGCAACUAGGGAUGCCGAGGGAUACAGCAUUGGACUGCCCUUCUACCCGUGGUUUGCGGCCGGUGGCGACGAGACCAGUCACCAAGACGUUCUGGACGGCAAGGACGCGGUGCGAGUUAGAAGCUGUUGGGGUGGGAUGGUUGCAUUUGACGCGCGAUUUUUCCAGGCGCGACCUGGUAGACCUGAGCUGAUUACCGCGGGCAAUCAGAGCCCGAGCAAUUUCUCCACGCCUUAUCGCUUUCGUGCAGAGAGGGACCUCUAUUGGGAUGCGUCGGAAUGUUGCCUUAUCCACGCCGACAUUCAGAACCCUGAGCCUGGAAAUUCGGGCAUUUACAUGAACCCUUUUGUUCGCGUGGCCUAUGACUCCACAACCCUUUCGUGGCUGGGCUUCACGCGGCGGUUUGAGCGUCUGUACACACCAAUUCAUUGGCUAAUUGACCUUGUUACCAACAAACCAAAUUUUAACCCGAGGCGCCAUGAAGAACCGUGGCAGCAAGUGCAGGAGACAGUUUGGGUUGCAGAUGAGAGGUUACCGCCAAACAACGGUUCAUUCCACCAAGUGACGAGGCUUGCCUCACAUGCAGGCUUUUGUGGCCGCCAGGGAUUGGCGCUGAUUAAGGAAAACAUCAUGGAAGGGGAAAGAAAUUGGGAUUUCGUGCCGGUACCUUCAUGA